AUGUCGAUCGAAGAACGAAAGCAAAAACCAACGAAACUUCUCGAGGACGAGCUCGGCCGACCGCUUCACGCGUUGCAGGACGACUCGCUCGCCGCCGCGGAAGAAACGUUUCGCCGCGACGUCUUUGCAUCCUUCGAGAGCGGGCGAAAACUUCUCGGGAGCCACCGCGUGGAGGAUUACUUGGAUGAAUACUACGGCGAGAGCGAUCGGACGCCGCCUCUGAUGCUCGCGGACACGCUCAGUAUGUCGGAGUGUAUCGAGUUCAUGCGCGCGUUUAACGUGUCGAGCGCGCCCGUGCUCACCGGUGAUGCGAAAACUUUCAUAGGGUGGUGCAGCGUUUUCGACAUUCUCCGAGACGUCGCGGCGGCGAUUCAACGCGCGAAGCCGCCGGGUCGAGAGAUCGUUCGGGAGACGGCUGCGUUGACGGGGCAGCCUCACGUGCACUCGGCGUGGGGCGUGCUUCGACACGCGUUUCGAACCGUGACUUCCGCGGAACGGCUGAGCGGUGAAUCUGUCGAGCGCCGAGAGGUCGAACUCGAUAAUCAUCGCCGCGAAUGGCUCUCCUCGAUCUCGCCGGAGGACGUGAAAAACGCGAUCGAUGAAGUGCUGAACAUGACGCUCAAAGAAGCGCGACGAAAGACACACAGUGAGGAAGACGGGAGAAUGGUGAGUCGCGUAGCGGCGGCGGAUGCGGAUCUUCUCGAGCUCGUUCGAUCCGGCUUCCUGCGCCACAUCGUCACCGCAGGGGACUUCAUCGCGCCUCGCCAGGCGCACGUGUGUCAUCGCGUGUGCACGUACUCGCUCAAACCCGACGACAAGGAUGAGAUGAAAGAGAAGAUGGUUGUCGAGGCGCUCGUCAGUCAAGCUGAUAUUGUGCAGUUUCUGUACGACAACAGCGAUUCGUUCGACGACGCCCUCAAGCGUCGAAACUUGACGUCGCUGGGCUUGGGCGCGCGGAAAUCGCACCGCGUUUUCCCCGACUCUGACGUCAUGUGCGUGUUCCCGGAGACGCGCUUACUCGAUGCAUUCGUGAUGAUGCACGUCACCGGUCACUCGUGUCUGGGCGUGGUCGACGAACCGCGCGGUAAAUUGAUCGACGUCCUUUCCGUAUCCGACAUUCGCGAAGCCGUGUUCGAUGUCGACGCGCUGUGCGACACAGUCGAACGAUACCUCAAGUCACGAGCGCUCACGCGCAUUCCACUCGUUACCCUCACCGAGGACGCUGAUUUCAUCGACGUCCUGGGUGCGCUCGCGAAGAACUCCAUCCAUCACGUCUUCGUCGUCGAUUUAGAAGGCUCGCCUCUGCGCGUCGUGACGCCGACCGACGUGCUCACGCGGCUGGCGCUACCAUCCGCGCGCAAGCUCGGUUGGAGGUUCGAUUCUUACGAAGUUCACCCCGAUACGUUCGAGAACAAUCCAGCGACCAUGAUUCGCCCGAUCGCGUAG